CCACCCUUGUUGAGAAAUGCUAACCUAAAAUGAAUUUCCAGGAAUUAACCAAGCUUGCUAGAUCAUGCCUCUAAUCCCAGAACAGAUGAAAAUGAAGCGGGAGUAUGAAUAUAAUUUCGAGGCCAGUCUGUACUAUACAGUUAAUUCCAGGCUAGUCUGGGGUAUACCAUGAGGUCUUACCCAAUAAAGGAAGCCCAAAAAUAAAUAAAUAAAAUCCCAGGAACUGAAUAAAAGGUGCCAAAUUUCUUUGUUACUUUACUCUUACAGGGAUUAACUCCAUAGAAGGAAGAAUGGAUCCAGGAAGGGAGGCUUCUCUUGACCUGUCCUCCCUGUCAUGUGGUCUUUCUUGGUCCCCUGAGCAGCUUGAGCAGGGGAGGGGAAAGUCUCUGCCCACACGAAGAUGGCAGGAGUACUAUGCAGAGUUUCUAUGAGAAACAUUGUUUACUGACUCAGACACUUGCUUUUCCAAACCUGCUUCCUGCUGAGCUAGGAGACCAGAGACCAGAACAUCUCACUCUACCCAUGGAAACUCAGGCUGACCCUGCAUCUCAGGAACCUCCACCCCUGCUAGAGAGUGCUCUUUCCUCUUCAAAAGUCCCUUCCUUUCCUGACAAGGACGGUCUGGGGCACGAGAUGUUGGCUGCUGCACUUCUAAAGGCCAAAUCCCAGGAGUUGGUGACAUUUGAGGAUGUAGCUGUGUACUUCAUCUGGAAAGAGUGGAAGCGUUUGGAACCUGCACAGAGGGACCUCUACAGGGAUGUGAUGCUGGAGAAUUAUGGGAAUGUGUUCUCACUGGAUGGUGAAUCCAAAACUGGAAAUGACCAAGUAAUCUCUGAAGGCAUGGGGUCACAUGAGAUGAUACUGGGACGAUUCCAAACUGAUGUUUCUCAGGGUCUUAAGUUUGGAGAAGCCUAUAAACAUGAAGUCAGUCUGAAUAGACAGCUGGGGAACUCCUCUGUUGGAAGACUGAAUAGGAAAAUACAGGAGUUUCACCAAGUGACAGUUGAGGGAAAGCUCGCCCAUAUGGGACAAAGAAAUGACAAGAAUAAUGAGUUUGGGAACAGCUUCACUGUGAAUUCCAGCCUCACUUCACAUCAGAGAUUUCCCAUGGGACACAGACCACACAAGUGUGAUGAAUGUAGCAAGAGUUUUAAUCGAACUUCAGACCUUAUUCAACAUCAGAGAAUCCACACUGGGGAGAAACCAUAUGAAUGUAGUGAAUGUGGGAAGGCCUUCAGCCAGAGCGCACAUCUUAUUCAGCACCAGAGGAUCCACACUGGAGAGAAACCGUAUGAGUGUAGGGAUUGUGGGAAGACCUUCAGUUGUAGCUCUGCUCUCAUUCUGCAUCAGAGAACCCACACUGGGGAGAAGCCUUAUGAGUGUAACGAGUGUGGGAAGACCUUCAGUUGGAGCUCCACCCUUACUCAUCAUCAGAGGAUCCAUACUGGCGAGAAGCCCUAUGCUUGCAAUGAGUGUGGGAAAGCCUUCAGUAGGAGCUCAACACUUAUUCAUCACCAGAGAAUCCACACUGGGGAGAAACCCUACGAAUGUAGUGAGUGUGGGAAGGCCUUCAGCCAGAGCUCACACCUCUAUCAGCACCAGAGGAUCCACACUGGAGAGAAGCCCUAUGAGUGUAUGGAGUGUGGAGGGAAGUUUACCUACAGCUCAGGCCUUAUUCAGCAUCAGAGAAUCCACACAGGGGAGAACCCCUAUGAGUGCAGUGAGUGUGGGAAGGCCUUCAGGUAUAGCUCAGCUCUUGUUCGCCAUCAGAGGAUUCACACUGGAGAGAAGCCUUUGAAUGUAAUGGGUGUAGGCAGAAAUUCUCCCAGAGUUUCUCCUGAAUUAAACAUCAGAGAAUCCACAUGAGAGAGCCAUAUACCAUUUUCCUUACCCUCUGAGUCUAAAGAGCUCCUGCCUUACUCUAUUAAUAGGGCCAAUAUAGGAUGUGUCCCACCUCCAACCUUUCACUCAGAGAGAGUGGGGUAGAUUGGGAAAACAUCCUGGCACAGUGAUCAGCAGGAUUUCCCAGAAACGGACACCAGUCUUGAAAAAUUGUGAGGCAAGUAGCAUAUUAAGUACUGGGAAAAGAAGGAAGCCAGGGGACCAGUCACCCCUUUUUGGGAAGGGGUUUGCACUAAACCAAUUUUCUCACACCAGAAGAGCCUUUCUUUCCAAGGUGGGGAUGGAAGCUUAAUAGUAACUUAAUUCUAAGGAUUCCACUAGUUGGGGUCAGUUUGGUGAGCAUGGAAGCUUAAUAGUAACAUAAUUCCAAGGAUUCCACUAGUUGGGGUCAGUUUAGUGAGCACAGAAGGCACAGAGCAGAAUAUUCUGGGUCAUCAUAAGUUCUGGGAAGGGAAACAAGCUGUAUUUUUUUUUCUUUUUUUUUUUGAGACAGGUACGUAUAGCCCUGGCUGUUCUUGGACUCACUGUGUAGAUCAGGCUGUCCUUAAACUCAGAGAGACCUGCCUGCCUUUGCCUCCUAAAUGCUGGGAUUAAAGGCAAUAUAUACAACCAUGCCAGACCCUUGGGCUGCAUUCCAAAGCCACUCUUCCUAAUCCAGGGUUAAGAUUGGAAGGUAUGCUGCUUUGGUAUGUGACUUCAUGAAUUCAGAAAACUUGGUACUACUGGGUUGAUUUUUAUUGGGGGUGGGGUGGGGGAAGGACCCCAGCAAGGGUUUCUGUAUUGACUCUCCUUGGAGCUCUUAGAGCAGUGAUAACAUGUUUUCAAGAGUAGUCUGAGGGCUGGAGAGAUGGCUCAGAGGUUAAGAGCACUGGCUGUUCUUCCAGAGGUCCUGAAUUCAAUUCCCAACAACCACAUGGUGGCUCACAACCAUCUAUAAUGAGAUCUGGUGCCCUCUUCUGGCCUGCAUGCAGACAGAACAUAUAAAUAUAUAAAUCUUAAAAAAAAAAAAAAAAAAAAAAGCAGUCUGGCAAUACUGUAGGCAGACUCUACAACCUCCCUUGUAACAGGGCUGACUGGAAAUCACAUUGGAGCAGUAAAUAACCCAAGGUAGAUUAGAAGCUUUUAAUAUUGGCCUGACUCCUGUCCUCUUUUUUUUUCCUAUUCCUGUGUCGAAAGGUAACUUAAUGUCAACCUGUAGUUAUUAAGGAUGCUGUUAGGGAACUCACCUACACAGCUGGCCUAUCUGGACUCCAUCUAACUUCAGCUACUUGAGAGUACACAAACAGCAAAGCCAGGGAGGCACUGAGCUUUACUUGGCAGCUUGGCAGCAGGGUUCCUUGUUGGGUUCGGGUGGUGCUCCAACAGAUGGCUUUCCAUAUUUCUCCAGCCCUAUUUAUCCUGUAGCUUAAAUGAAAUGCACUAUAAACAGACUAGUCUUUCAGAAGGGAGAUGGAGUGUGUGUUUGUAUAGGAAUCAAAGUUAUGUAGUUAAUACAGCAUAGUAACCAUAAAUGGUUACUAUUCCAAAGAUUAACUUUGGAAUUUUUCAUUGAUAACUUUUUUUUUUUGUCACAAAUGUGAGGUUUUCCUGUCCCACACAGCUCUCUCUCUCAUAGUCAUUGUUGUAGACUAAAAAUGUCUGCAACUACUCCCACCUUCAUAACAAAUUAGAAUUUUGUGAGCUGUAGAGCAUUUUGUAUGGUAUAAUGUCUAAGACUGACGAUGAAAACUAAAAAAAGGUGUACUUGGC